UUUAAGAUAAAAAUGGAGGGAGGGAUUAAAAGGGAGACAGGAGCACUGAGGAUGAGGGUGAUGUCUUGUGGCAGUGACAAAAAAAGGGAGGACAACUCACAGAUUUAAUGGAAUGAUGGGAGUGUAUUGUAUCCUGUGGUGACUGUGCAUAUUUUAUUUUUUAAUAUUCUGAGCAGAGCAAGAUUUGUUUUGCAAGAUGACCGGCAUGACUGCACUACUCUGGAUUCUUGGUGUGGUUUUAAUUACUGCAGCUCGAGAGGACGUUCCCUGUCCAAUAGGUGGUCAGAUCCAUCUGUCCAGCAUGCGAUGUUAUUGGCUCUCUGAGACGACAUCUUCGUGGUCUGAGGCACAGGAGUCAUGCAGAGAAAUUCAGGAAGCAGAUCUGGCAGCAGCUGACAGCCUGGAGCUGCAACGCUUCAUCCACUACUCCUUCCCAGUGAGAAACACUGUCUGGGUAUGGCUGAAGUGGGGAGGAUGGUCUGACCAGGCUGGGGUUGUGGAGCCAGCAAGUCCUGCAUGGUGGCCUGGAGGCAGUGAGAGUGUCAGGGGGUGUACUCAGAUGGCCCUGGGGGCACUGGGACAGCUGAGGAGAGCACAGUGUGCUGAACAACACCACUUCCUCUGUGAAAAAGAAAUAACUGAAGCUUUACCACCAACAGGCAGUUACCUGACUGGACCAGUUCUAAUGACCGGCGUGUAUGACUCGACCCAGGCACAUCCCCUCAUCAGUGUCCCAGACGUUGGACAGCACACAGUGGAGAUGCAGCUGUUCCCAGGCUUGUGGUUCAGUCACGCAGGUCAGUUGGUAACAGUGGAGCUGGUGGUCCAGCCAAGCCCGCUCUCCUCUCUGGCCCGUUUUCAGAUCCUCCGACCCUACUGUGACCCCAACCACCAUCUGGUACCUCCUGGUUGCAGCUCUCUCCUUAAUCCAUUUAGCUGCUGCUCAGCUGUGCAGCUGUGUAACACAACAGGGGGCUGCAGCAUGGGCCAGUACUGGUGCCACCUGCUGGAGGCCUGUGUGGCCACCACCAGUCCCUGCAGCCCCUACAACCCUGCAGCAGGGAGCCGCGGCUUUGCUUUACCUCCCAGAUACCCUGCGAUACCGCCAUUCUACCAUCUGGUUGCAGACCUACCUCUCAGAAUAAACCCUUCGUCUGAACUGAGAACUCUGAGCCUGCUUCUUCCAGAUCAAGCGAUCACAGUGUACCCUGAUGACAUUGUGGCUGUGCAGCACACUCGUGACUCUGGAACCUUCCUUCAUUGCCUGAACAAUGAAGCCUCUCUACACUCCCCCUGGCGCCAGAGUUACCUGUCCCUUAGGGGUGCAGAGUGGGAGGGCUGGUGGGAGGGAGGCCUCACUUCACUGCCCCAAGGAGGCCAGUGGGUGGAUGGGGUGCUGUGUGAUCUGAGGAUACUGUAUGUGGACACUCUUCACAAAGGUACAGAGCAUUAUAUCUUUGGCUUCACCCAGUCUGAGGCAACCACAGCUCCUGGUAUUGAACACAUGACUAUAGGUCCUACUCCGGAUCUGAGAUCAAAAUUCGGGCUUAGUGUAAUCCAUCCCCUCCCAGAUGAAAAGAACCAGAUUCAUGUUGAAGUCAAUGUCCCAAUGCUCAUCGUAGUAAUGGUCCAGUCUGGAGAGAAAGCCAGAAGCUCAUGGUCAGCCCCAGUGCUCCAGACCGGGGUCCCCUUUCUUCCAUCCUGCCCUGAAGAGGUGACUCAGUCUUGGCUUGACUAUAAGAGGCAGCUCCAUGAAGCCUGGUUCUCAUCUGUGACUCUAGUGUUGCCCUCAGUGGGGGUUCAGACACUGAACAUCAGUGUGAUGGGUGCAGUGAGCUCAGAGGGUGUUAGUGUGAAAGUCUGCAGCUACGAGGCAGUGACGGGGCUCAGUGUUGAGCCACACGGACACUUGAGGAUGCUCGUAGGCAUAUCACAGUCAUUUACAGCCCGAGUGGAGAGCGGUUCCUCAGUAAAAUUCACAUGGGUGGUCGACAGCAUGGGAAAGUUUGCCUAUGAUGGAGAAACUUGCAGUGUAGUGUUUAAGAAACCAGCUGAGUAUAAGCUCAUGGUAACCGCGUCCAACCCUGUGAGCUCCCAGAGCCAGCAAAUCCUCCUGACUGCUGAUGAAAUGACCCCACUGGCUGAGCCAGAGUUUCUGUUUGUCAGGGAGGUCGUACCUCUGAAUGUCACACAUCUCUACACCCUCAGAGUCAAGGUGGACAUCUCCCUACCAGUCACCUUCAGGGAGGGCAUGUGGGAUUUUGGUGAUGGCCUUAGCAAUAUAAUCCACACCCAGUCCGCUCCAUGUGAGACCAUGACGGGGCUUAUGGAGAGAGGAGAGAAGCAGGCGUAUGUGCAGGACUCUGUGAACUACACCUAUUUCAUCCCAGGUGACCAUGCACUUCAUGUUCAAGCUGUCAACCAGUAUGACAGCACUCACACAUCUAUGAAGAUAAACGUCCGUCCUCAGUUAAGUCACAUCCACAUUUCCACCUCCUCCCCAGUGCAUGCUGUUAAACAGUUUCUCCCUCUGGAAGCAUCUACAGAACCUUCCACUGAUUUUGUUUUCUAUACAUGGGAUUUUGGUGACGGCUCGAAAAUCGUCCAAGGCUUCAACUAUAGAGUCAACCACACUUUUGGAUAUGCUGGGGUUUAUAAUGUCUCACUUUGUGCCAACAACACCAUUACUCUGCUGAGCACCUGGCUCAUAGUGGAAGUCUUGGAGGAAAUCUCUGGAUUAACUGUCAGCUACAGUGGACCCAGUGAACUAAGCUCUGCUACAGAGUUCUCAGCUGAAGUUGCCACUGGUACCAAUCUUAUCUGGAAUUUUGACUUUGGUGAUGGGUCUCUGCAGGAAAACCAUAGAGAUGGUUCCAUCUCCCACAUCUAUAAGUCUCCAGGGAAUUAUAGAGUAGAUGUAACUGUCUCGAAUUCUGUCAGCAAAGCUCAUCAGUCUAUCAAUGUAGAGGUCUAUAGUUUGGCUGUUAGUGGAAUUCUCCCUACAGAAUGCAUCAUAAAUGGAAAGGACUCUCAGCUUACUGCUCUGGUGAACAGGAACGCAUCCAUUCUGACUUUCCAUUGGCAGUUUGGAGAUGGAUCACCUUUGGCUGUAGCAACAGGAGAGUCCAGUGUUGUGCAUUCAUUUCCAAGUCAAGGGAUUUUUAAUGUUACUCUGACUGUGUUUAGUUCUGUUACAUCUGUUUCAUUUAGUACAAAUAUCUGUGUUGAAGCACCAAUAGCCAGCAUGGUGUUAAAGUCAUCUCCGGAUGUAGUGGCAGUAGGAGAACAGGUAUGCUUCAGGGUGUUAGUUUCCCCUGAACAGAUAACAGGUUACCACUUUAAGUGGUUUAGCAAAUCCUCUAGUUUCGCUGCCAAGGUAGAAAACUCUCAGAAGUGUUUUGUCUUUAAAGAUGAAGGUGUUGAAGAUGUGUCAGUAACAGCAAGUAAUAAAGUCAGCAGCAGAACAGCCACGACUAGUAUCAUCAUUCAGAAACCUGUCAGUAAGCUUUCUGUGGUGCAUGAUAGUCGAAGUGAUACACUGAUAGUCAAUACAGUAGUGUCAUUUUGGGUUGCCAGUUGCGCUGGAAGCAACGUAUCCAUGCUGUGGGACUUUGGGGAUGGCUCUCCGGUGGAGCAGAAGCUAAAUGUGUCACAUGUCUUUACUUCAACAGGCCAGUUCACAGUCGCCGCCACAGCAUUUAACACAGUCAGCCGGGACUCUGUGACCCUGAAAGUGAAAGUUGUACUUCCUGUUUCAGACCUUUCACUUCACACCAACCAACCUUAUGCUGUAGUAGGAGAAGAAACUCUUAUAACAGCAGUUAGCAGUGCUCUCAGUAACACCAGUUACUAUUGGACAGUGGAUAAUACAACUAUAUCCAAACAGGGGACCUGUCAGUCAAGAUUUGUUUUUCCCAAACCAGGAGUGUAUCAAGUGAGGGUUACAGCCCAGAACCUGGUGAGCAGAAUGGAGGCAGCUAUUAUGAUUGAGGUCUUUGAACGAAUACAGGGUCUUCAAAUUGAAUGUCAGAGCCUGACAAACAUGAAAUACGUACCGACUCAAGUGAAACUGCUGUUUACUGCUUCAAUCACCAAAGGCUCUAAUGUCACAUAUCACUGGCUUGUCCCACAGAAUGAAAUAAAACUACCAAUUUCUGGUGACGGAGAGCUUUUUCAUCUGUUGGCUGAAACCCCCGGUGAGGUCUCAGUUCAGCUAAGAGCCUCAAACAAGCUGGGUGAGGCCACCAGCAUUGUUUCUUUAGUGGCAGUAGAGCGUGUAACAAGUGCACACAUUACAACACAAUCAAACACUGUGACAUUAGGCAAAUUAGUGAAUAUCUCUGUAUCUGUGGUUACCGGGUCAGAUCUCAAGUACCUUUGGUAUGUGGGCACAGAUCCAUCACCCCUGCAGACACACGCACCCUUUCUUCUCUAUACUUUUACAAGUUUGGGCUACUGUCUUGUCAGAGUUUCUGUUGAGAAUGUGCUCAGCCAGAGCACGGACACCACACAGUUUGUAGUCCAGGAGGAGGUCCAAGAGGUGGAUUUUGCAAUUGAAGAAAUGAAACAUCCAUUUUAUAUCAGUACAAGUGCUGCUGUUUCACUCUGUGGACUUGUCCAUAAGGGAAGUGAUAUGCACUGGGAAUGGGAAGUUAGACGUGCCCAAACCAGGAUCUUUGAUGCUACUAAUCAGACCUUUACCUACACUUUUCCACAUGCUGGCAUCUAUCAAGUGUCUUUGAAUGUGUCCAACUGGAUAAAUUGGCAAGCGGUUUCCCACAGCGUCACUGUCCAGGAUGGAAUUGAAGGUCUUCAGCUGAACAUUAGCAAAAUGUCCCUGUGCACUGAAGAAAAUGUGACUUUUAUUCCAACAGUCUCCAAAGGAAGCAACAUAAGCUUUGUUAUAACAUUUAGAAACAAAGACUGGAUUUAUAGUCAAAGCAUUCUUGAAGGGCAGUUCAUCACAUCAAGCCUUCCAGUUGGAAGGCAUCUAGUUACAGUGAAAGCUUGGAACCAGGUCAGUAGUACAGAGGUGUCAUCGAGCAUAUUUGUCAUUGAGCACAUUCAAGGUUUUCGACUUGUAAACUGCUGUUCCACUGCUCUAGAGGCACUGAAAGGAAUUCAUUUGAAGGCAGAAGUUGAAAGUGGGUUUCCAGUUAACUACAUGUGGAAAUUUCACAUGGUGGGGUCGGAGCCCACAUGGCUCACUGGCCAAGAAUUGCUCUUUACUCCACCAGAGAGUGGAUCAUUCUCUGUCAGUGUGGUAGCUAGCAAUGGAAUCUGCUCCCACACACUUAAUGAGACUGUUACAGUGGAGUGGCCUGUUAACAAGAUCACAUUUGUCUGUCAUUCAGAGAGAAUAUUUGUUGGACACGCUGUGAGGUUUUCUGCCACAGUCAGUGGAGGAAGUAAUCUCAGAUACCUCUGGGAAUUUGGAGAUUCCACUGAACUACUGAUGACAGAAUCAAGUACAGUCAAUCAUACGUAUUAUAUUCCUGGGAAAUACAGUGUCACGGUCAAAGUACUCAACAGCGUCAGCCACGUGUCCACACAUCUACACAUCAAGGUGGAGGAGCUCCAGUGUUCCAGCCCUCAGGUCUCCCUGGUUCAAGGCCAGUCUACUAUCUUCAGGUGUAGACCGAGUUUCUUUGAAGCAAGUGUGCACAUCAGCUGCUCUGCUUACAAGGCCAUGUACCUAUGGGAGAUCUUCAGGGAUUCAGAUUGUACCAGUGGCAACAUAGAUUUCUCAGGGAACAAAGUCAUUCUUAGUAGUCAGGUGGAUGCAACUUCACCAGGGCUCUUACUCCCGAAGCGUACUCUCAGUGUGGGACAGUAUUGCCUAGUAUUCAUGGUUUCACUCCAUGGAAGUCCUUUAUUUGUUCAACGAAAGGCAAACAUCACAGUCGUCCACUCCCCUUUGGUAGCUGUCAUCAAAGGAGGCUCACACAGACUGUGGCCCAGCUUCAGCGACCUCAUCCUGGACGGAUCUGAGUCCCGUGACCCUGAUGUAGAGCCAGGAGUGGAGGAUACAUUGCAGUAUCACUGGACCUUCAUCACAGCGAAUUCCACAGAGUCUCAUUCCCUAAAGCAGCCUACUGGGAGCAGCAGCAGCAGAACAGCUGUACUCAGUACUCGGCUGCGUCCUGGAACAGUUUACGUUUUCACCCUCACUGUGCGCAAGACAGGGAGGAGACCUGUGUCUGUCAGUCAAACAGUGACUGUGAUUGAAGCUCCGGUGCUUCCUGUAACUGUGGAGUGUGUAUCCUGUUCUGGCCUCUCCUCUCUUCACCACAUCAGUUACACCAGCCCCGUCAUUCUUGCCGGACAGUGUGGACACUGUGAUGACCAGGCUCAGUACGAAUGGAUUUCUGAAAGCGAGACCGGCAUGAUCCUUGACCUUGAUGAGGUUUCUACGUCUACAGGAAGACAUUCCCCUAACUUGGUGGUGCGCUCAGGUGUCCUGCAGCCAGGCCUGCGUUACACCUUCACCCUCAAUGUAUCCCAGCCUGGCAGAGGCCAGUGGGGCAGCACCAGCCUGGCAGUACUACCUAACAAUCCACCACACGGAGGCCUGUGUGAUCUGAGUCCAGAGUCAGAUAUACGUCUGCUGGAGACGGUGGUCACCUACAACUGCUCGGGGUGGCAGGAAGAUGAAAGUGAGGCCUCUCAGCUGAUCUAUACCUUCCAGGUGGCACCAUGCCAGCCCAUUAGUAAUGUGUGCCCGGUGCUCAUUCUGUACAGGGGCAUUCGUUCAACAUUCGGCAGCCUGGUUCCAAUGGGAAGUCCCAGGCUAGAAAAUAACAUGUCAGUUAUCACAGUUACUUUGCUGGUAGAAGACCAUCUGGGGGCAAAGGCCAUUGCUCUGAUCAGAAACUUGACUGUUGAAAAUCCGGCAAGAAAUGAAGCUGCCAGUCAGUGGCUCAGAAACGAGAGCCAGACAAAACUGUGGGCUUUGGUCCAGCACGGCAACCCUCAGGAGAUCAUCCCUUAUUCCAUCGCCCUCACUAGCCAGCUCAAUCAGAUGGAGUUCGGACAAAGUAUCAGGGAGCUGACGGACAGGAGGGAGAUCAGAGGAAAUGUGACCCAAGCCCUGGCCUCACUCCGUGUGUCCUCCUUAAUGGAGGUUGAUCAGAUUAGCUCAGCUUUAGCUCAGUCCACUGCUGUUCCUAGUGAGUUGGUAUGUGAAAGCUGUCAGGAGAAGGUUCUGAAGGCUGUGGGAAAGAUGAUCCGUGUGAUGGAGGAAGAGAUGAUUCCAGGUGUUUUGUCAGCUGUUGACACAGGAAGGAACAUCCUUAACAUCAUAGGUAGCUCCCUGGCUGCUGUGUCUGAAGCAGGCAGUGCUUCCACUUCUCACCCAGCCUACUCAAGCACUUUGCAGUCAGCUUCCACAAUCACCCUGACAGCGCUGGGGCACACAGGGGCGGUCAUGCGCUCUCUGAUGCGUUCACGUGUUCAUGGCGAGGCCCCCCUCUUUCUCUCCACCCCUUAUGUCAAGGCAGUUGGUUUCCAGGGAGACCCCUCUGACCUCCUCUGCACUCAGCAGUCAAACCAGUCCAAGCAAAACCAAAUGUCCUCUCAGACAUCAUGGACAGACAGAUCAGACUCAUGUCGGUUUAGUAUUCCCACCUCCCUUACUGCCCACUUGCAGAGUCAGAGGGCUGAGGUGGUGCAGGUAAUGUUUAGUAUGGAAGGAGCUCUAGAGUCCAACCCUCUGCGAACUGCAGCCAACUCUCCAAUCACUACCAGUCUGGUUGCCAUGGAGCUCACCACUCCCCAAGGUGAGCCCAUAUUCAUCCAAAAUCUGGACCCUGAACAGGCCAUACUUCUCACCCUGCCCAACAAGAACCCUUUGGGCAGUGGGGGUGGAGAUGGUAGGGCAGGUGAUGCUGGGAAUGGGACAGGUCUUACUGUAACACUCCCCAGUAAAGGACAGUUGAACUUCACAGUAAAAGUCAUGGACGACCUGGAUGAAAACGCAGGGUUAUACAUUUCCUUCAACUUCAGCCUUGCUUCAGGAGCUACUCCAGUGACACUGGGACAUGUCAAGAUAGAAGUGAGCUCUACAGUGCUGGGGCCUAAUGCAUCCCAAGAUUCCCUAGUGAGAGAGUGGGCUCUCACUCUCUCUACUCCAGCCACCUCCACAGAGGAGACUAUCUUCCUGUCUCCACUUGUAAACAGGACAUACAAGACUCUUUUUGUCAACCUGACCUCAUCUCUGGCUGAUAGCGGUCCUGUCCAUGCGUCAGUGCUUGCGUUCAGCUCUCUGUGCCAGUACUACAGUGUGAAGGAGAAGCGCUGGAGCAGUGAGGGCCUACAACCUCUAGAGGGCAGCACACUCCACAAGGCACGCUGUCUCACCCAGCACCUCACCAUAUUUGGGGCCAGUUUGUUUGUUCAUCCUGGGGCUGUUGUUCUGCUGCCACCGUCAGACGGGCCCAUGCGUAACUUGGUGGUGGGGAUUGUGUGUGCUAUCCUGGUUCUGACUCACCUGCUGGUGGGGCUCAUGGCCCAUAAACUGGACCACUUAGACAGCCUGAGGCUGAGCCUGGUUCCUCUGUGUGGGCGGCCGGGGCUGUACCACUACAGAGUGCUGGUCAAGACUGGCUGGAAGCAAGGAGCAGGCACCACCGCACAUGUUGGCAUCAGUCUUUAUGGCAUGACCAAGAGCGGCUCUCGCCAUCUGCAGAGGGACGGAGCAUUUCAGCGUGGCAGCCUGGACCAGUUUCACCUGGAGACAGAUGAGAGUCUGGGGGAAGUUUGGAAAAUUCGCAUCUGGCAUGACAACACAGGUCUCGACCCAUCCUGGUACGUUCAGCAUGUGGUGGUGUGGGACCCUCAGACAGACCACAUGUUCUUCUUCCUGUUGGAUGAUUGGCUCUCUGUGGAGAAUGCAAAGAACAGCACUGUGGAGAAGGAAGUUCUAGCCUCAUGUCCUGAGGAACUUUUUCAGUUCCGAAGGGUCCUCACCUUGCAGCUGAUGUAUGGGAUGAUGGAACGCCACAUGUGGCUGUCACUAUGGGAACGUCCUGUUCACAGUCAUUUCACCAGGGGUCAGAGGGUAACUUGCAGUGCCCUCAUGCUGCACCUCUACCUUGCACUGGGGGCUCUGUGGUAUGGGGCUGUGGGCUCAAAGGGGUACAGUGGUCCAGUGUCAGCCCAGCUGCUGGUUAACGUGGAGAUGGUUGCCGUGGGGAUGAUUCUUGCCCUGCUGGUGUUUCCUCUCCAGUGUUUUCUUUGUUUCCUGUUUAGACAAACUCACAGUCAGGUAACUGUGGACAUGUCGGUUCCUCCUUCUCCUGUUUGUCACUCUGUGGAGAUGGACGUCUACCUUGGCCAAUCAGAGCUGUCCGGCCCCUCCUUCCUGUCUCUGUCAGACUCUUCCAGCCCAGUCCGUGACAGUCCUACAUCUUUACUGGAUAGCAAGGCAUUAGACUCCAGUAUGUUGGACUUCUGGGCUGCCUCUGGCUUGGUGCCCCAGCCAGAUGGAGCAUGUCACGACAAAGGUGUGGUAGCAUGGCCAUCCUGUGACAGCCUCCUUAACCGACCAGUGAGCUCAUAUUCCAGCAGGAUGACCCCAGACCAUGACCUCUGCAAGGCUUCUUCUGCUCUGGGUACUACACACCCGCUAAAGAGAAAAAAGGCCCUUAUGCAGCUGUGCCUGGCGUCUCCCUUCUCUCCUGACAAACCCACUGCUCCUGUCCCUUCACCUUGCAAAUAUCCCCAUUCAAAAGACACUUCAGACUCUAAUUACUCCCCUACUGCACUGAGCCAGGAGAUCGUCACUGAAAACGCAAACCUGGUUCAAGUUCACAAAUGCAAUCUGACAACAUUUCUGACUCUGUCUGAGGAGGAUCUCCUGAUGUCUAUAGCAGCAGCAGAGGACACAGCAGAUAUAACCAGCAGCAACUCGGACAGCGGUGGGGCUAAAACCACAUCCUCAUUCUCUACCACCCGGAGCACCUUCUGCAGCAGCUGGUCAGAUCAGAGUGAGGAUAAGUCUUUGUAUGGUGCAGAUGUCUACAAACCAGAUUCACAGUCCUGUCCCUCGCUGUAUAGGACAGGACUCUACAAGUGUCCCUCUGUCUUGUCUGUUGACUCAGUGGCCAGCACCUUCCUGCCAAGCCCUUCCCCUGACUCUGCAUGCUCCUCCUCUACCACACGCAUAGGUGUUGCUCGAGGUCAGCCCAACUGGCUGCUCCCUCCCAGGGCACUAUGUGUGAUCUACCCCAUAUUGGUAGUGCUACUGGGAGCCUGUUUGGCUGUGGUCGGACUCUACGGUAGCUUUUUUCCCAGAACUGUAGUCCUCAUGUGGCUGGUAUCGGUUCUCUGUGCCUUCCUCACCUCUGCUCUACUGCUGGAGCCUCUCAAGGUGUGUGUGCAAGCUUUGAUCUACACUGCAUUGUGGAGGCCUGCGGAUCCAGAGGUGGAGGAGCAGUUGGCUCGGGAGACCACUGUGGUGAGGGCGUUUGGAGAGCACUGCAGGAAGGUUCGACCACCAUGUGGCUACGGGCUGAUACAGGCUAAAGAGGAGGCCCGCAAAGUCCAAGCUCUGCGAUCACUCAUGAAGCACUGCAUUUGUCAGCUGUUGUUUCUGUUGCUGGUGCUGAUGGUGAACUACCAAGACAGCGUAGAGCAGAGCCAGGGCAGACUGCUGCACUCUGCCGUCACACGCCAUCUUCACACAACACACCCAGGGGCUCCUAACCUCAGCUCACUCAGAGACUGGUCAAAUGCAGAGCGGUGGCUCGACCAUACCUUGGUGCCACACCUACACCAAAACCCUUCACUGCCUCUCGUAGGGUUACCACAGCUGCAGUACACACAUACUCUCGGCCCUGUGGCAGGUGUCCUUCUGGGAAACAGCAGCGUAAUGACACGCCAGCUCCUUGCUGACCUGCACAUGUCAGACUGGAGCAAGAAGCAGUUUAAAUCUCUUUCUGUUGAUUUCACACACUACCACAGAGAAUCUGGUUUAUUUGUAUGUGUGUCCAUACAGCUAGUAUGGGCUCAGUCGCAAAGAAUAACUCCCCUCCUCUCCAUCCAUCCACUCCUCAUCCCAUCAUCAUUCUCUGGGCUGGAGCUCCAGAUGGCACUUAUGGUUGUCCUUCUCAUCUCGGCUCUCCUCAUCUUGUUUGGGGAGCUGUGGUGCAUGGCUACAGAGCAUGCUCAGUAUCUGCAUCAAUUCAGACCCUGGUUCCAGCUCCUCCUGGCGUUAUUGUCACUGGCGACUGCCAUCCUGCAGUUCCGCUUCCUGUCUCUUUCCUCUUCAUGUGUUUCCAAGACAACAGUCAUCCACAGCUUUACCACUGUAAUGGAACUCUGCUCAUUUCCACUUCUGGGUGUCCCAGCUGCUGAGAACCUUAAGGUUUGUGCGGAGGUGGGUGGUGAUAAGCAGAGUGCUGCUGAGAGCCUUGAGGGAGCUGUGGGCUCUGAGCGCCUUACUGCUGCUGCUGCUGAUGCUCUGCACUCACCUCGGAAAUACGUGGAAGGUUUCUUAUCUGUGCCCGAGGCCAGCGUGUCAGUGUUGUCCAUCCUGCGUGGCCGAAUGGUUCUCCAAAGAGUAUGCAGGGUUCACCCAUUACUGGGCCCCCUCUAUGGGCUACUGCUGAUGGGGGGAGGUCUCUGGCUCUUGGCCAGACUCUGUGGAGCUGUUCUCAUUGGUACAUACAGGACAGAACGGGCUAAGCUGUACCAUCCAACCAUUGAACCACAGGAUUAUGAGAUGGUGGAGUUUUUCAUCAAGAGACUCAAGCUGUGGAUGGGACUCACCAAGGCCAAGGAGUUCAGGCACAGGGUGAAGUUUGAAGGCAUGGACAUCCCUCCUUCCAGAUCCUCCCAGGAAUCUCGUCUCUCCACUCUCUCCUCCACCCUCCUGUCCUCCCACUCCCCUUCCCUGUCCAAUUCAUUUUCCUCGCCCAGUCCCCUGUCCUCAGCUCUCUCUGUAAGGUCUGAGGACUCAUCUGUGUCUGAGCCUGGAUUCGAUGUCCAACCCUACCUGGAUCGCUUGGUGCCCUGUGUCAGUGCUCUGCUGUCUUGUUUUGACCGCGUCAACCAGACAAGUGAGGAUGUUUAUGACCUGGAAAUGAAGCUAGUGGAGUCUCAGACCAGGAGAAGGAAGAGGUGGAUCACUAACAAAGAGAAAAGAAUAGAAAGUUUCAGAGAGUCAGCAAAGUCAAAGGAACUGGAGGGAGAAGGAAAGGUAACGAGAGAAGUUAGAAAAAGGAAGACAGGUUUCCUUUACACCAAGCCAAGAGUCUCCCUCCCAUCAUCCUUUUCUUUCAAUUUCUCCACACUUCCCUCCUCUGCUGCAUCCCCCUGCUCCUGCUCAGAGUCUGAGUCAGUCCUACCUCAGAUGUAUAGUGACAACCAUACUUCAGAAGCAGUCACACCCAUGUCUGGAAUCUAUGGUUUGUAUCCUGCAAUUUCUUCUGGGUUUAGACAAUUCCCCAGAAGAAGAGCUUGGCAUUCUGGGAGCUCUCAUUCAGCUGACGCAGCUCAGAGGGCCUUCCAGUUCCAAGGAUCUGGAAAUGGAGGAGAAAAUGUAACAUUCAUGAAAUGCAGACCCAGGACUGAAGAGGGGGUCAAAAGGCGUAUCAGUGAUGGAGUCCCUGUGAAAAGGAAGGCUUGGAUCUGUGAAGAACCAGAGACUGAGUAAAACUGGAAGUAAUGUUAGCUCUCAGAUCCUGUUCUCACUGGAUCUGUGUAGAGGUUGUGACCUGAUCUGACUGUAGUGGACUGAAGCUACUG